AAUGAAAAGCUGACCAUGCAGAACCUCAAUGACCGCCUGGCCAGCUACCUGGACAAGGUCCGGGCCCUGGAGGACUCCAACACGGACCUGGAGAUUAAAAUCAAGGAGUGGUAUGAGAGAUUCGGGCCUGGGUCUAGAGACGGUGGGUCCAGAAGAGAUUACAGCAAUUACUAUGCCAUCCUCGACGAUCUCAGGAAGCAGAUGGUGGCUGCCACUAUCGAAAAUGCUAGGAUCAGUUUGCAAAUCGACAACGCACGGCUGGCCGCUGACGACUUCAGGCUGAAGUACGAAAACGAGCGGUGCCUGCGGCAGGGCGUGGACGCGGACAUCAGCGGGCUGCGCAGGGUGCUGGACGACCUGACCCUGGCCAAGGCCGACCUGGAGAUGCAGAUUGAGGACCUGCAGGAGGAGCUGGUCAUCCUGAAGAAGAACCACGAGGAGGAAAUGAGGAGCGCGCAAGGGAGCAGUGGCGGGGACGUGAGCGUGGAGAUGAACGCCGCCCCGGGAACCGACCUGACCCAGCUCGCCUCACUCCAGGCCCAGAUCUCUACGGAUGUUGGAGCAGCCAGUUCUGCCAAAAGGGAGAUAACAGAGCUGAAGCGAACCCUGCAAGCGCUGGAAAUUGAGCUUCAGUCCCAACUGGCCAUGAAAAGCUCUCUGGAAAGAAGCCUGGCUGACACCGAGGCCAGCUUCUCGGCUCAGCUGUCAGGGAUCCAAAUGAAGAUAGACAGCCUGGAGGAGCAGAUCUGCCAGGUCCGGGGGGAGACCGAGUGCCAGAACAGGGAGUACGAGGUGCUGCUGGACAUCAAGACGCGCCUGGAGAGAGAGAUCGAGACCUACCGCCGCCUGCUCAACGGAGAGGGCGGUGGCUCUGGUUUUGAAAGAUCCAGGGACUUGGUAUCGAGUGCCUCAAGACCUGCCAGUCAAGAAAGAGAUCCCAGCAAGACGAGAGUGACUAAGACCAUCAUCGAGGAGGUGGUGGAUGGCAGGGUCAUUUCCUCCCAGGUCAGCAGCAUUUCUGAGGUGAAAAUCAAGUAGGCAACUUCCAGGCCAACAAGCGGGUCUUUCAGAGAAGAGAUCCAGAAGGACGCAGUGAACAGCCUCUCCGUGUUUCUCCCGGGAAAACCUCCGGCCCAGA